AUGGGCUUGAUGGCAGUCACAUGGAUGAAUUGUCUAAGAAGGCAUCUUCAAACAAAAACAAGGUUUCUUCACACCUUCAAAGGCCAUCAAUCAGACCAAAUUUUAAUGUCUCCUGCUCUUGUGACUCUGGAUCUUCCUGAUAUCUGGACUCCUAUUUCUUCAUGUCAUAGUAUUCCAGUCAUACAUAAAAGCUUUAAUGAGCAAACUGCUAGGGUUCUUGAUGGAAAGUUGAUGUCAGCAGAAAUCAGAUCUAAAAUAGCUGAUCAGGUAAGACAAAUGAAGAAAAACAUAGGAAAAAUUCCUGGGUUAGCUGUUAUUUUGGUGGGCCAGAGGAGGGAUUCUCUUACUUAUGUUCGCAACAAGAUAAUUGCCUGUGAAGAAGUUGGAAUCAAGUCUGUGGUGACUGAAUUACCUACUGACUGUGCAGAUGCUGAUGUUCAAAAUGCUGUCAUGAGAUUUAACAAGGACCCAUCAAUUCAUGGAAUUCUUAUCCAGCUUCCUCUACCACAACAUCUGGACGAGGAAAAACUUUUGGAUACUGUAUGUCUUAAAAAAGACGUGGAUGGUUUUCAUCCUAUUAAUAUGGGGGAUCUUGCUCUAACAGGAAGGGAACCAUUGUUUAUUCCUUGUACUCCAAAGGCCUGCAUUGAGUUGCUGAUCAGAUCCGGAGUUAAGAUUGCAGGCAAGAGUGCCGUGGUGAUAGGAAGAAGUAAUAUUGUUGGUCUUCCAACAUCAUUAUUAUUACAGAGACACCAUGCAACAGUCACCAUCAUACAUGCAUAUACUGAAAACCCUGAACAGACCACGUCAGAAGCUGAUAUUGUAGUUUCAGCUGCUGGAGUUCCUAACUUAGUUCGUGGAAACUGGAUAAAGUCCGGUGCAACUGUGAUCGAUGUUGGAACAAGUCCUGUUGAGGAUCCUAGCUGCGAGGACGGUUAUCGUCUAGUAGGUGAUGUAUGCUUUGAAGAAGUCAUAAAGGUGGCAUCAGAUAUUACUCCUGUACCUGGUGGGGUUGGACCUAUGACAGUUACUAUGCUUCUAGUUAACACUUUAGAUUCUGCUAAACGUAUGCUUAAUUGUACCUGA